CACGGACGACACAAACCGGAAGCACGUUGGUCAGGUAAACAGUGCUCGGGGUUCACGUGCAUGAGAUCAGCUGUUUGAGGUGAGAUCAGCUGUUUGCGGUGUGAUCAGCUGUUUGCGGUGUGAUCAGCUGUUUGAGGUGUGAUCAGCUGUUUGAGGUGUGAUCAGCUGUUUGCGGUGUGAUCAGCUGUUUGCGGUGUGAUCAGCUGACCGGUGGGCUCCCGGUGAGAUGUCUCGCGGUGACGCUCUGCGGGGGCUCGUCACCGACAGGCUCGCCGCCGCCUCGCGGGAAAUCUUGGCGGGCGUGGACAGAAUCGUGGCCGGAUAUGAGGAGGAGGCGGCGGGCUUCAGGCGGGAGAUCGCCCGGCAGAGGAGGCAGCUGGAGCGGCUGCUGCAGCCGAGGGCCGCCCUCAGGAAGACAGGUGUGAAGCGCGGCAGGAGCCUCGGCUCGGAAGAGGGAGGUGAAGAAGAUGAUGAGGAGGAAGAGGAGGAGGAGGAAGAGGACGGGACUCCUGAACCACCAGAGAAGCUGCAAGAGUCAACGAAUCAAACGCCACCAAGAGGCCAGUGUAAGAAGAAGAAGAAGAAGCCCGGCAGACCUCAGAUCAGUGAGCCACAGAACCAUGUCGACCUCAGGAUCCGGUUCCUGGAGGACGCACAGACCGACGUGGUCUCAAACAGCAUUCUUAAAAAAUGUCCGGCGCUGAAGCUGAAGUGUUAUCGAGAACUGCAGGAGUCAGACUUUGUGGACCUGCUGAAGUCCACCUUCUCUCAGCUCUCCGGAGACGACAAACCUUUUGACAUCUUAACGUCAGACAAAAGACGAAGGUUACAGCCUCUGGAGCUGAAGACGCUGACACCAGCCGAGAUCCACAGUAGCAUCAACAGCAUCGGAUCGGGGACGUCGACGCUGUACAUCAGACUGAAGACACAAAAACAACCUGAAGACCCUGUGUCCACCGCGUCUGAUGAAAGACAUCAAGCGAGUGACCUUGUUCAGGAAGGCGAAGGUAGCAGAGUUGGAUUUAUGUCUGGAAGCUCAACAUCGCAACCACAAGAUGUAGAAACAGAAGAUGCUCAUGAACCAACUGAGGACUUUGUGGCCUGCUCUACAGCUGAAAGUAAAGUGGACGGUGAGGCGAAUGACAGCGGCGAUGAUUGGAAACGAGACAAGAGUGACGGGGAGCUGAAAGAAAGUGACUCUGAACUACAGUUGAAGACGACAAAGAAACAAAAAAGACGGUCUGGUGUCAAGGCCGCUGAAACAAAGCCUGAGAACAGUGACAAUGUUUUUUCCUGUAAAGUGUGCGGAGCUCUGCAUGAAUCAGAAGUCACGCUUAUCAAACACGUCUGGAGUCACAUGGACGACCCAGGAGAUCUUUGUGGCAUGUGCGGAGACCUCUCCGAGUCCGUGGAGACGUUGAAGGAUCAUCUUCUGAGUCACCACAAAACUGACGACUGUCACAUUUGUGGAGAGUCUUUCCUCAAUGUCCUCAACCUCAAUGAGCAUGUGGCUGCCCACUCAGGGGAAAGACCGCACCAAUGUGAUGUUUGCCAUGAGGCCUUCGCAUUGAAGGAGUCCCUGGAGAAUCACCAGAAACUCCACAAGGCCGAUAAGGUGCACCGUUGCUACACUUGCCAUAAAGUGUUUGAACUGAAAGAACAGUUAAAAGUUCACUGCAGGAUUCACGCCAACAAAAAAACGCACCUCUGCGGCGUGUGCGGUAAAUCCCUCAGCGACUACAGAUCUUUAUCCCGUCACAAGAUGACCCACACGGGGGAAAGACCUCACAGCUGUCUGAUUUGCGGGAGACGUUUCAAACUUCUCGGCACACUGAGACAACACGAGAAGAUUCACACAGACAGAGAGAGGUCGUACCUCUGCGACGUUUGCUGCAAAAUGUUCCUGACGAGCAAGCAGCUGCAGAUCCACAUGAGAACUCACACCAACGAGAAGCCGUACCACUGCGGCGAAUGCGGUAAAGGGUUCACCACCAAAGGAGCUUUGACGAUUCACAUGCGGGUCCACACCGGAGAGACACCGUACCGCUGCCCGGACUGUGGCUGGUGCUUCAAACGAAAGAUUAAUCUGGACAACCACGUGACGGUCCACUCGGGCUACAAACCAUUUGUUUGUGGGAUUUGUGGGAAAGCAUGCGCUCGCAAAACCUACUUGACAGUCCACAUGAGGACCCACAAUGGCGAGAGACCAUACAAGUGUACCCUCUGUGACAAAGCCUUUACUCAGAGCCACUGUCUGAAAACACACAUGAAGAGCCACCUGGUGGCAGAAGCUGCGACGUGACGUUACCACUGUAGAAUAAUACACAGGUGACUAAUUAAAAGAAAAACAGCUGUCAGUUU